UUUUUAUCAACAAACUUUCGAGGGUGAUGGCACAUGCAACAACGACUGUGACACCCAACACCCCACCACGGUUUUUACUGGAUUCUCACGCGUACGCCACUGCAUUGGUUCUCCGUGCCAUUCUACACCGUACACCGUACAACUGUAUGACAUGCUACGCACAUUUUGGAAAGUAGUUUAUCUUUUGAUGUGAUUAUCUUUAGUAUACUUCCUUAUCAACGUUUGUAAACAUUCACGCCGCUGCAAUGGGAACCGCAAUAAUGGACGAAUCAAUCAAGACACAAAAGCUCAUUGAAGAGCAGAUGACCAAACAGGGCAUCCGGAAGGAUCUUGAUGUAACAGAGCUGUAUCUCAGCAACCAAGGUCUUACAGACGUGUGUGACUUUGGACAGUAUCGUAUGCUAAACAGGAUAUGGCUAAACGGUAACAAGCUGAGACGGAUAAAUUGCCUGUCGAUAAACUACAGGAUAUCAGAGUUAUAUUUACAGGACAAUGAAUUAGUCAGUGUAGCUGGACUUCUCCAGCCGUUGACCAGUCUUCAAGUGUUAAUGUUACAUAACAAUCAGCUGACUGAUCUAGAGGAGACCGUCAAUGAAAUGAAAGCCAUGCAAGCAUUGCACACACUCAACCUAUCCCAGAAUCCUUUGGCACAGGAAGCAGAGUAUCGGCAUUACAUCAUUCACCACGUACCUUCAUUAAAACUCCUAGAUAGACAAGAAAUAUUAAAAUCAGAGAGAGACGAAGCAGCCAAGAUGUAUCAGCAAGACCGCCAGUCCCUCUUGGAGACAAUCGCGUUUGGACACCGGUGUGAGGGCCCCGCCCAGAGGGCUAAGGACCAGGGCGUGGUCAGCGAGUCUAGACACUCCUUCUCCUCCAGCACCGUGUCCGACGGAGAGGUGGCUAACCAUUUCAUCAGCCCUCCCCGGGGGACGCCUGAGGAUGCCGUAGCAGAGAGGGCGGUGCAGCGAUCCAUCAUGGAGUAUUCACACUUUGACUGGACCAAGAAACCUCGCGCAGAGGAACGAAGAAUGAACAAGAACGUAGAGGGUAGCAAGACUGAGAUCAUUACUGUGAGAUUUAGGUAGCGAUGGCAGCGGAUAUGACAAUAUAUGAAUAACAUCUUGAGCUGUAAAUUUUCAUUUCCAGUAAAAUAUUUAAAACAAUUUGUUGUGGCUGUCGACAAACAUUAAGAAUAUUUGAAUUUCGAAAAUGGAUCCCUUGAUACCCCCAGUUUGUGUGUAAGAAACCUUAUUGCCGUAAAGUUUAGAUGGUAUACUGCAGCAAUGGAAAAAGAAUUGACCUAGAAAGGUUACUGCUGUUAUAUCUGUGGUAAAAAGAAGAAAUACUGUAUUAGCAAAGUUCUCUAUCUCCCAAUUUAUAGCGCACUGCAGUUGCUUUAAUAUGGUAUUGAUUUGAGAAUGUACAAAUAUAUUUUUUAUUUUCUUAGUGACAUGUAUGCGUAUUUAAAUACCCUCAUGAAAGGAUCUUACAUUUGUCCAGGGGAGUGUUUCACAAAGACUAAGAUCGACUUUAAGUUAAUUGUACUUAAAUAUGACAGGCCAUUCGUGUCACUAGUUCCUUUAACCAUUCCUGGCAUUGGUUUCUCAAGGGACGUAUAAAUCGUUGUUACAAAUCUAAAGGAAAAAUAUCGUUGUCACAAAUCUAAAGGAAAAAUAUUAUCUAAAAAUCAUUAUUGAGAGACCAUUAGUGAGAGAAACCAGUUUACAUGAACAGCCUGCCAUAGUUAUGCCCUACUUCAAGUCGAUCUUAGUCUUUUUGAAACACUCCCCUAUUCUAGUACUCGUUGUAGUUUGCUACAUCAAGGAAAAGAUAUUGUGGUUUAGUUUCACACAAUAUUGCCAUGGCUUAGCUGCAUGUUAUUUUUGUUAAGUACAAAUAAAUUUGAUUCCAUUUGUGAGUCUAGUAACAAAUGAUAUAGAAUCCAACAAUGAAAAGCGUAGUACGCUUUACAUCAUUAAAAAAAACACUUGGCAGUUUGAAAGGGCAUAUGGGAUGAAGACUAUAAUUAAUCUUUUAUAUGUGUGCUAUUUUUAUCAGUGAAACAAAUGUCACUUUAACAAUAUUAAGAGAGCUUGUGAAUAUCUUGUUAAUGGGAUUGAAAAUAUCUAUACUGGUAAUAAAGUACAUUGUAUUCUUGACAUUUAUGAUUUAUGUCUUGAAACAUAACCCUGGCAAUUUGAUGGGGCGUAAUGGAAGAAGGCUACAAUUAAACUUGCAUGUAUGUGCUAUUUUUGUCAGUGAAACAGAUGUCACAUUAUUAAGAGACCUUGUAAAUAUCUUGUAAAUAAGAUUGAAAAUAUGUAUGAUAAAGUAUUCUUGAAAGUGAA